UGUCUGUGUCUUUCAGUGAUAAGAGAGACGUGAGAACUGAAGUUUUGUUUCUGCGUGCUUGCCUUGAAGUUUUGGAACAUUGUGAUCAGGGAAUUUUAAUAGCAAUCCACUAAAAUUUGUAUCUGCUCCUUUAAAUCACUUUCUGUUUGUCUGCGCAACCGUCUAGAUUUCCAACAAAAAUAAGACCAGGAUCCUGACUGCCCAAGAAUGGAGAUCUUGACCAAAGUUAUGAGAUUACAAACUAAAUUUAGACCUUUGCUUACACGAUCAUGCUCUAAAAAUUCAUUCGCCUUUUCGAGAGACGGAGAUGAAGGAUUUUCAUCCAUAGAUGGUGUCAGAAUAUCAAAAGACAGCCACAUACUGGAAGCAGUUGGAACAACUGAGGAACUCUCAUGCUUUUUAGGGUUAGCCAGAGAAUAUGCCGUUGACAACAAACAUCCAUACAGUGACAAGAUUACAAGGAUACAGACAAUGCUUGUAGACAUCUCAGCAGACAUCAUGAAAAUACCGUCUCUAGGUGACAAUCACGAUUCAAAGCAAGAGGAGAAAUCUUUAAUCACAUCUUGUAACACCAAAGAGUUAGAGGAGUGGAUUGAAGAGUACUCUAAACAUUUACCUCCCCUUGAGAACCAUAUUUUGCCGGAUGGUGGCAAGUCUUGCACAACCUUGCACAUAGCCCGAGUUGUUUGCAGACGAGCAGAGCGGUCAGUCACCCCUUUAGUGCGAGAAAAACGGUUAGGCAAAGAAAUCCUCAUAUAUUUCAACAGGCUAGCUGAUUUUCUCCUCACUGUGUCGAGGUAUGCAGCGAAAGUCGAGGGUAAAGUAGAGAACAUUUACACACCUGUCAGCAGCCCCAAAGAGAAGGAUAAAGAGCAGGCCAAGCAAGCAUAAACUGUCAGUAAUUGUAUCAUAGAAUUAGUUUUAGUCGUAUUGUAUUAUACUGUUCAGGUUUUCCUGGCUCAUGUUUUUUGUUCUUAUAAGUUUUGUUCAUAUACCUUUUGAUUAAACAAUAGGUAUUAAAUUUUUCAUUUUUACUCCCUCGAUAA